GAAAAGUGCCAUCUCUAAAUUAAGUUGACAACCCUAAUCAGCUGCCUGUCGAUUUGGGCUGAAAUUCUUAGAAUUCAAUACGUGGCUUCGUUUAUCUCGCACAAAUUGGAGAAGUAAUGUCUGCUCAUAGGUAGCAGGUGCACCUGUUCAAAUACACUACCCAUUAAAAUAGCCCUACGAUGUGGUGCUGUCUGUGUCAGCUGUGUUUCGGUCUUCUAUCCGCCAUUGCGGUUGCGGCCCUGUUGAUCGUGGCUGUGGUGCUCUACAAGACGAAGCCCUACCCCAAUAUCAAGAGGGAUGAGGAGACCUUCCUGGACCCGCACACUAUCAAAACAGUGGCUUUUCCCAGCCUCGAGGAUUCCCCAAGUUUGGAGCUCAGUGUCAUUGUACCAGCCUAUAAUGAGGAGAAGCGAUUGCCUGCUAUGUUGGACGAGUGUUUGGCCUUCCUGGAACAAAAAUCUGGAGGAGAUUCCCGCUUCUCGUACGAGGUAAUCGUGGUGAGUGACGGCAGCCUGGAUGCCACAGUGUCCGUGGCCUUGGGCUACUCGAAAAAGCACGGUGCAGAGAAGGUUCGGGUUCUGGAACUCACCGAAAAUCGGGGAAAAGGAGGAGCCGUUCGCAUGGGAAUGCUAAGUGCUCGGGGUCGUAAUCUGCUCUUUGCCGAUGCAGACGGAGCCACUAAAUUCCCCGACUACGAUAAACUGGAGGUGGCCUUGAAAGAACUAGCUUCCGAGUGGCGAGACGAUGGCAUCGCCAUAGGAUCGCGGGCUCAUUUGGAAAACGAUGCGAUUGCCACGAGAAGUUUUUUCAGAACCAUUUUGAUGCACGGCUUCCAUUUCCUUGUCUGGCUUUUUGCCGUGCGUUCCAUUCGCGAUACCCAGUGUGGAUUCAAGUUAUUCACCCGAACAACCGCCCGAAAACUCUUCUCUAGUCUGCACGUGGAGCGCUGGGCCUUCGAUGUGGAGCUGCUUUACCUUGCCGAGCGAUUGAAGGUGCCCAUGUCUGAGAUUGCUGUUCGUUGGACCGAAAUCGAUGGCUCGAAGCUGACGCCUUUCUGGUCGUGGCUGCAAAUGGGCAGGGAUCUGUUCAUGAUUUGGCUGCGUUAUCUGGUGGGCGCCUGGCGGAUUGCAUCCAUCCAGAAGAAGGAGAACUGAAGUGGAAGUGAAGGGGACCUCAUUCCCAUUAUAAACUUGCAUUUUGUUUCGAAACUGCUUUGCUGUCGUGCAUUACCAAAACUCUUUUUAACUCUCAACUCUAUUUUUGUAGGCAUGUUAAAGUGUAAAGAAUACUAACUAGUUAAGUACUUAAGUACAGUAUUUUUUCAAAUAAAAAAAGACUGCUUUGGGCAACGAAGCUGCGAAUAAUAUAGCACACAGAGA